AUGCAAUUCGCUCCUAUCAACGACGCUACGAUGAGUGUACGAAAGCGAAUUCCUGGACUAGGUGAUUUCGAAACUCCACCACCGCCUCCUCCUCCGCCACCAAUGAGCUGGGAAGAAAAGUCUAGAGAUUGGGUAGAGAAUCAUCCGUGGAUUCUCACGCCUCUCCAAAUCAUCCAGCCCCUCCUUCCUCUUCUUCGUAACCCACACGGUCUACCAGCUGUCAAAACUCGGGUCGGGUUGGCAUUUAGUGACCUUCAAAGUAUGCGUGAAGUAGGAACACUUCGAGCUGCCAAGGUGUUGAGGAAGGAAAUCAGGGUAGCGGCGAGUAUGGGAAAUUCCGGAGAGAUGAUGCGUGGUGUCAGAGUAGUCGUGGUGGAUGUUGACAUCGAGGGAAUCAUGAGGAGCGACACAUCUUCAUCGCCCCCACUGGGUUCAGGCUCGACACCGCCAGAUGCGUACAAAGCGAUGGGACGCUGGACGGCGUCUGAGAAGCUUUGA